GACAGCUUUCCUCGCGUUUUUGAUCCCACGAUUCUGACAGGCAGCUGAUUCAGAUUUUUUCGCUCUCGCGUUGGCAGCACGCCAGGAUCGUCGUCCAUAAAGUCGUCAAGAAAAAUUGCAACAAAUUUCGCGGAUUCCGCGGUUGUUAGUUUCAUUAAUUGUGCAAUCUGUGGUGUUGGAUCUUCUGCGGCAGUGGUCAAAGCUUUAGGAUUCAACGGGACACCAGAAGGGGUCCAAGCACAAACCUCCCGAUGUUGACACGUGUUUGAGGUUAGAAUACUCUUUUCUCUGAUUGGGAAAAGAAUUAAAAAUUGGAUCUUUCGAAGAGAAAACGCAGUAGCAGCAGAAAGGCCAGAAAUAACGUAAAAGAGGCGUUCGUGUGUUGUUACAUAAAGUGUAGAGCAUUGGAGGAUAGGGAGAAAUGGCAACAGGAGAGCGAAUACUGACGGUCGCGCUUCGCACCAAUUACGACAUCCGCCGGCUGGAGGCUGCCGACAAAAAGUGGGAAUGCUUGCUGUAUCUGCACGAUUCAAAACCGAUAGAUCCGGAAUGUCCACCGACGAAGGAAGAACUAGCAGCUGCUGGACUAUUACCGACUCAGGAGGAUCGCCAGAAGUCGCCGGAAGAAGAAUCCAAACAGGAUCCGGGAGUGCUGUUCGACAAACUAUUCAAGUUGGACGUUGACUAUCUGAAGAGUCUGGAUCCGAAGGAUUGGAAGAAUCAGGAUCACUACGCUGUGCUUGGUUUGAAGAAGAUGAGAUUCGAGGCCACUGAAGACGACAUCAAGCGCGCCUACCGUAAGAUUGUACUGAAACACCAUCCAGACAAGAGAAAAGCUCUCGGCCAGGAGGUGAAACAGGAUGAGGAUUACUUCCAUUGCAUUACGAUGGCCUACGAAACUUUGGGAACGUUGAAAAAUCGUCGCGCUUUCGAUUCCGUCGAUCCGGAGUUCGACGAUGCACUGCCGUCGCAGAAUGAAGUCAAGAAGGAUUUCUACGGAGCAUUGAGAAACGUGUUCAAGAGGAAUUCUCAAUGGAGCGAAUCGAGAAAGCCAGUUCCCCAGCUCGGCGACGAAAAUACGGAGCGUUCCAAGGUCGAAAACUUUUAUGAUUUUUGGUACAACUUUUCAAGUUGGAGAGAAUUUAGUUACUUAGACGAAGAAGACAAGGAAAAGGGACAAGAUCGUGACGAACGUCGGUGGAUUGAGAAGCAGAACAAGGCUAUCAGAUUGCAACGCAAGAAGGAGGAAUCAGCGAGAAUACGAACAUUAGUUGACUUGGCUUAUAACAACGAUCCGCGUGUUGUCAAGUUUAAGAAAGAGGACAAGGAUCGUAAGUUGGCAGCAAAGCGAGCCAAGCAGGAUGCCUAUCAGGCACAGAAAGCUGAGGAAGAUCGAUUGGCUAAAGAAGCGGCUCUAGCAAAACAAAAGGCAGCAGAAGCAGAACAAAAACGCAUCGAAAAUAUUCAAAUCGAGAAGGAAAAAAUGAAACGUGCCUUAAAGAAGGAACGAAAAAUCCUUCGGGAUGCAGCCAAGGCCAACGAUUACUACACGAAAGACGAAUCGGAACGUCUGAAACAUCUGGAGGGUGUCGAGAAAUUAUGUGAAUCGCUGAAACUAUUGGAACUGCAAGAAUUCAACAAAGAGCUAAGUUCGGGUGGCCGAAACGUUUUUGUGAAGGCUCUUGAUGACAUGGAGGCAAAAUUGGAAGAAGAACGUCGUGCUCAAUCUUCUCAGAGUCAAUCUAUUCCUAAUAAUGCCGGUUUAAAGGUUGUGAAUCGCAAAGCCCUUUGGAGUCACGAUAACGUCCAGUUGCUUAUCAAGGCCGUAAAUCUGUUUCCGGCUGGGACGAUUUCUCGCUGGGAUGUCAUUGCCAAUUAUCUCAACCAACACGGUACAAAUUUGGGCGAUAUGAAGUUCUACGCCAAGGACAUUUUGAACAAGGCCAAAGAACUGCAAAGCGGUGAUUUCUCUAAGAGCGAUCUCAAAACGGUUGUCAAUCAGCAAGCUUUCGAGUCGUUUGAAAAGGCCAAGAAGGACCUGAAGAAAGUGGAUAAGGCUGACAUCAGCCAAAAAGAAGACGAAGCAAAUCCGAUCAAAAUGAACGGAACAGCUGAAGUAAAGAUGAAUGGAGUCCACGAACCAUCCGAGGAAAAGGAAAACAGCAAACCACAAAAAAUCGCUAAGAAAGAAUCACAGCCACAGAAGGUAAAGGAACCUCCAGCAGCAGCACCGACACCUGUACCAGCACAGAUGCCAACUCCAGUAGCGGCGGCGCCAGCACCAGCCCCAGCUCCAGCUCCUAAAGAAACCAAGAAGGACAAAAAGGAAAACAAAGUGUGGAGCAAGGAAGAACAGGCUCUUCUGGAGCAGGCCAUGAAGACUUACUCGACAUCGACGCCGGAUCGGUGGGACCGGAUAGCAGAAUGCAUCCCGAAUCGAACAAAGAAGGACUGCUUACGACGGGUGAAGGAACUGGUCGAUUUGGUAAAUGCCAAAAAAGAAGCACAGCAGGUUUCCGGCAAAUGAAGCGCCCGCGAGUGGCGGAGUGGCAAACGCGAGAGCAACUAUCUAUUACUAUUAGUGCCCCCUCUUGUCCUUCUUUCGUUGCGUUGGAAACCUCACCAGUUUGAUUCAUACAAUUAUAACAUCUCUGCGAUUAUAAUUUUACGUUUUUAGGUCUUGUAAAUACAUAAUGUCUUAAUACAGAAAACAUUAAAUGAGUGCUAGGAUAAACACUGAAAAA